AUGCUGGAGGGCCCAGGGGCGGAGGAGUCGGAGCCGGGCUCUGAAGAGCCGUGUGUGGAGUCCUGCCACGCGCAGCGCGUCCUGCAGACUCUCAACGCUUACCGGCGGAGCGGCACCCUUACCGACGUGGUGCUGCGCGCUGGCGGCCGUGACUUCCCCUGUCACCGCGCGGCGCUCAGCGCGGGCAGCGCCUACUUCCGCAGCCUGUUCGCGGCCAGGCAGGUGGAGCACGUCCUGACCUUGGUGCCAAUGGUGCCGGUGGUGCCAGUGACGCCCGAGGCGCCGGGCGCUGGGCCCGCCGGGGCGGUGUCGGCGCUGGCCGUGGUGCUCGACUACGUGUACGGCGCGGACGUGCGGCUGCGCGCGGAGGAGGAGGCGGCCACCGUGCUGGCGCUGGCCGAGCGGCUGGGCGUAGCGGGCCUGCGCGACGCCUGCGCGAGCUUCCUCGAGGGCCGCCUGCGCGCCGCCAACAGCCUGGCGCUGCGCCGCGUGGCCGCCGCCUUCUCUCUCACCUCGCUGGCCGAGCGCUGCGGCCGCGUGCUGCGCCAGGCCUUCGCUGAGGUGGCGCGCCAUGCCGACUUCCUGGAGCUGGCGCCCGACGAGGUGGCGGCGCUGCUGGCGGACCCGGCGCUGGGCGUGGCGCGCGAGGAGGCCGUGUUCGAGGCGGCCAUGCGCUGGGUGCGCCACGACGCGCCGGCCCGCCGCGGGCAGCUGCGGCGCCUGCUGGAGCACGUGCGCCUGCCCUUGCUGGCGCCCGCCUACUUCCUGGAGAAGGUGGAGACUGACGAGCUGCUGCAGACCUGCGGCGAGUGCCGCCCGCUGCUGCUCGAGGCUCGCGCCUGCUUCAUCCUGGGCCGCGAGGCCGGAGCUCUGCGGGCCCGGCCUCGGAGAUUCAUGGACCUAGCUGAAGUGAUCGUGGUCAUUGGUGGCAGCAAUCGCAAAGGGCUCCUGAAGCUGCCCUUCGCCGACGCCUACCAUCCAGGGAGCCGGCGCUGGACCGCACUGCCCACCCUGCCGGGCUACAUGCGCUCAGAGUUCGCCACCUGUACUCUCCGCAAUGACGUCUACAUCUCUGGAGGCCACAUCAACAGCCGUGAUGUGUGGAUGUUUAGCUCUCAUCUGCACACCUGGGUCAAGGUGGCCUCGCUGCAGGAGGGCAGGUGGAGGCACAAGAUGGUGGUUGUGCAGGGGCAGCUGUUCGCGGUGGGUGGCUUUGAUGGCCUGCGGCGCCUGCGCAGCGUGGAGCGCUAUGACCCCUUCUCCAACACCUGGGCGGCUGCGGCGCCUCUCCCCGAGGCCGUGAGCUCGGCCGCAGUGGUGCCCUGCAGGGGCCAGAUCUACGUGAUCGGGGGCGCCAGGCAGGGCGGCGUCAGCACCAACAAGGUGCAGUGCUUUGACCCAAAGGAGGACCAGUGGAGCCUGCGGCUGCCAGCACCCUUCUCACAGCGGUGUCUCGAGGCCGUUUCCCUCGAGGACACCAUUUAUGUGGUAGGGGGCCUCAUGAGCAAAAUCUUCACCUACGACCCUGACAGAGAUGUCUGGGGGGAGGCAGCUGUCCUCCCCAGCCCUGUGGAAAGCUGUGGCGUGACUGUGUGUGAUGGGAAGGUCCACAUCCUUGGAGGGCAGGAUGAUCUUGGGGAAAGCACCGACAGGGUCUUCACCUUUGACCCCAGCAGUGGGCAGGUGGAGGCCCAGCCAUCCCUGAAGCGCUGCACCAGCUCCCAUGGCUGUGUCACCAUUGUCCAGAGCCUGGGCAGGUGACACAGACUUGGAUAGCCUGAGUCAGGAGUCAGAGUGGGAGGCAGAACUCAGGCCCACCACUGCUCCCCUCAUGGCACCUCCAUGUAAAUAGCCCCUUCGCUGCCCCACUUUCUUGUAGAAAUAAAACCUCCUUCAAAGGUUGGGUCUGUGUUCCAGCGUCAGCCUGCUUUGCCUGCAGAAGUAUGCCCGGUACCUGCUCCCUGCUUUGGCUCUUCACAAAGCUCCUUCAUAUGCUACCUCAUUUACCUUAAUAAUAGCAAUGUGGACCUUUAAAAAAAUUUUUAUGUAUAAAUUAUAAAUAUAAAUCUAUAUAUACAAGUAUAUAUACAAAAUGUAUACUAAAAUAUUUUGUACAGUUUGAGAAUAUGUGUUGCCAACAACCUUAAGAAAUAGAUUGUUACAAAUGCCUUUAUAGGCCCCUCUAUUUCCAAGCCCAUACCUUUCCACACUUUUCCCAGAGGCAAUAACUAUCCUUAUAUUUAAGAUUAUUAGCACUUAAAAAAACUUCUAGUGAACUUCUUCUAAAACUUCUAGUGAACUAGUUAAUAUCUGUAUUUUACAGAGAAGGAACUGUCUUAAAAAGAUGAAGGAACUGCCCAAGGCCACAUUUUCAGUAACUGGCAGAAUCUAUGACUCCUAAGACUUCAUGAAGUUUCAGAAUGUAUGAGGCACUUCUGGUCAAGAUGGUUCUUUCUAAACAACCACCCUCUCCAAUUCAAACACUUAGCAAAACUAGAUAAAAAUUAACAGCCAGACAACUAAAAAGACAGAGGCAUAGGCUUGUAAGUAAGCGUGGAUAAAAUUAAAGUUCCUGUGACCAGGAUUCUAACCUGGCCCUCGUUGGCUAGCUCACUACAUGUGUGGGGCAAU